AUGGAGAUGCUGUAUGAUGGCAUGCGUCUGUUGAUGCAGCGGCGCAAUCGCCAUAACGCCCUGCUCAAUCGCAACUCCAUCGAGCUUCCCCCGGCACCCCAGUCUACUCCAUCAGGCUCUCGCCCUCAGUCACCGGUAUCUGAGGUGGCUGAAGAGAGGCAUCUUCAUCGAGCCAGAGCCACCUCACGACCUGUCCCUCCCAACCCUCCCAACUCUCCCAGGCUGAGAGAAGGCAUUCUCGAGCAAAACACAGCCCUCAUCCGAGACUUUUAUGCAUCCCCCAACAUUGUUAGAGCAGCUCAUGGUUUGGCUACGUAUGAGUUGCUGGAAGAGGACGAGCAGCAGCAGCAGCAACAAGAGCAAGAAAAGAGAGAAGAACCGCCCACUAACAAGGCCACAGACGAGAACGAUGAGUCUCUCCAGCGCUACAAGGAGUCCCUCGGCCUCGGCGGCGGCAAGGACCUCUCCGACGCCUCGGACCCCCGUGUCUGCAUUAUCCUGUCCCUGACCAUGGAGUCCCCUGGACGCGACCCCGUCACCAUCGACCUGUCCAGCCCCGGCUCCGAGGCCACCCUCAAGGACAAGCCCUUCAAGAUCAAGGAGGGCGCCAAGUUCACCAUGGUCGCCAAGUUCAAGGUCCAACACGAGAUCCUGAGCGGUCUGCAGUACGUCCAGGUCGUCAAGCGCAAGGGCAUCAAGGUCAGCAAGGACUCUGAGAUGCUGGGCAGCUACGCUCCCAACACCGACAAGCAGCCCACCUACUCCAAGCGCUUCCAAGAGGAGGAUGCGCCUUCGGGCAUGUUGGCCCGCGGCCACUACAACGCCAUUUCCAGCUUUGUCGAUGACGACAAGAAGACCCACCUGACCUUUGAGUGGUCCUUCGACAUCGCCAAGGACUGGUAG